AUCGAGCGUUGUAAUCCUACGAGCACUGCACCAUGGAAGAGAGGCCUGAUUCGCACAUUGACUACACAGACGCUAUUGAUUACUGGACGUCGGUUCCAGCCACUGUUGACGGUGUUCUUGGUGGGUACGGUGAGCAGACGUCUGUGCCAAAGGCAGAUGUGGUUGGGUCUCUAACCCUCGUACGCAAGCUGAGGACCCGGAUGGUGCCACCUGAGGGCUACACGAAGUACUCUGUCGACAUAGGUGCCGGUAUUGGGCGUGUGACUCGUGAUUUCCUCCAUAAGGUUAGUGACAAAAUCGACCUCGUUGAACCCGUCAAGCCAUUUGUUCAGCAGAUGCAGACUGAGCUGAAACCUCUGAUUGAGCAAGGUAAGAUUGGUACGAUAUACGAUGUUGGAAUGCAGGAUUGGGAGCCUGAGCGUGGUAAAUACUGGUUAGUCUGGUGCCAGUGGUGUGUGGGACACCUGCCAGACGACGAAUUCGUCAAGUUCCUCAUAAGGUGUAAAGAGUCGCUGCAGCCAAACGGAACCAUAGUCGUCAAGGAGAACAACUCACUUGGUGAGGACGUGUUUGAUGAGACUGACAGUUCUGUGACGAGAUCAAACGAGUCGUUCCAGAAGUUGUUCAAAAUGGCGGGCUUAAAGUUGAUCGCUGUGGAACUACAAAAGGGUCUACCAAAGGAGCUGUUUAAAGUGAGAAUGUAUGCAUUAAAGGGUGAAUAGUCAAUUCUUCAAAUCAAACGUUAGUAUACUUUUCAAUACGAGUGGUUGUAGAGAAGAGAUCGCUGAGUGGAUUCAAUCAGAUAGGAGCGAAAGACUAGAUGGCUAGUUGUGUCUUCAUUAAAAGAAUCAGUUGAACUAUGCAUAAAACUGUUUGAAUCAUCACAUUGAAUCCAGUUCACAAUCUCAAUUGGCUCGAUCACUUACCACCAUUCUUCCACAGUGAGACUCCACAGUGAGACUCCACAGUGAGACUCCACAGUGAGACUCCACACGGAUACACCAAACAGCAAAGAGAUGGAG